AUGUGCGCUGUUCACACUCUGUCGAGCUUCAAGCGCGAGACGCUCCACGCCGACCUCACCCACUCCAAGCUCCUAAGCUACCUCGACUGUGACGAACGCCCCUCCUUCGCGAUUCACGCCGGCACUACACCCCAGCCAGACGAAACCCUCGAACUCGUAUAUAGCAACACGGCACUGAAGACUGAAGAAAGCCUCCUGGCGCGGGUCACGGGACAGCAGGCGGAGGGCGGCCUGUUCGUUGAAAGCGCAGCGCUCCACAACGCCUUCCGCAAUUGGCUGCUGAAUGUUGCAGACGAGUACGAUCUGUCACGACGCGGCAAUGCAUACAUUUUCGAGGGCCAUCUAUGGUCCGCGGUCCGCUUGGAGCAUUACAAGGUCGUCAGCGGCGUCAAGGCGUGGAUGCUGUGGUCGGACCCAAGCAACGCGAAGCUGCGACCGACUCUCGAUCCCAGACAGAGUGGAUCGCCCAAGCAACUCCCACUCGUGGCACAGCUAUCCACUGAGCGAUCGCCUGUGAGAAGCCCUGAUGCCAACUCGGAGUGCAAGGAGAGCUUGCUGGACCCCACGAAUCCCAGCCAGCAUGGACCCUAUGACUAUACCUUCGAUCCACCACCGGUCGCUACCAUGUCCGAGCAUGUCAGAUACUUCCGCCAGACGAACUGGUCACAGACACCACUUGGAGAUAUGGCAUCAUGGUCGUCCGAGCUGCGCUGUGUGGUCAACAUGGUGCUGAACGAUACCUAUCCUGCUGUACUAUACUGGGGCGACCAAGCCAUUAUGGUCUACAAUGAAGCAUACAUACAGCUACUUGGUGUCCUUCAUCCCUGUAUGGGAAAGAGCGCUCGCAUCUGUGCGGGCAACUACUGGCCCACAUUCACUCCGCUUAUCGAACACAUCAACGCAACUGGAGCCUCGUUCCGGGAGCACGACGUACCCUUAUUCAUCGACAGACACGGUUUUCUCGAGGAGACAUAUUGGUCUUUCCAAUUCGUACCCGUGUUAAACAAGGACGGCCACGUUGCGAGCUACUACCACCAUCUCUUCGAGACGACAAAGCACCACCUCCUAGAGCGGCGAGUUGGUAGCUUGGUCGAGCUCGGUAGUCAAACCGCCAAUGCUCGAUCGUUCCAGUCGUUCUGGGACAUUGCCAAGCAGACACUGAGUCUCAACCCAAAGGAUGUACCAUUCGCCCUGUUGUAUUCGGCAGAACAAAGGUAUGAGUCAGACCUUAGCGCUAUAUCCUCGCAAAGUACCAGCACAAGCAAGGUCCUGGGCAGUUGCGAGCUCAAAGGCUCAAUAGGCGUUGAGAGCGGUCAUACUCUUGCCCCGCCCACGAUCGACAUCCACGAGAAUCGCUACGUAUUCCAAUCCUACCUUCUCGAAGCUGCGAGCCAUGAAAAAGCAACAAUCGUUCACCUCGCCGACCUGAACCUCCCUGAGUAUGUACUUGCUGAUGUCGACUGGAAAGGCUACGGCGAUCCGUGUCGCGUUGUGGUCAUUUGUCCCAUCAUGCCCACCACCGGAGACAAUGCACAGAUCGAAGGCUUCGUGAUCCUGGGCAUCAAUCCAAGGAGGCCCUUUGACGAUAAUUACCAGAAGUUUGUACAUUUGAUGAUGCGUCUGAUGGCUACCAGCUUAGCUAGCGUGGCUUUCUUUGACGCUGAGGUCCGGCAGAAGGAGAAAGCUAUUGAGGAUGCGGCAAAUCUGCAACAGCAGUUGUUGAACGAGAUCGAGGCGAAGGAGAAGAAGUUUCAGAGCUUUGCGGAGAGGAGCAACGUCGCUAUCUUCAUCAUGAAUGCUAUGGGCCAGUACACGUACAGGAAUCGACGGUGGUACGACAUGUUCGAAGUGGCAGCUGACGUUGAAGAUGCUAUGCAAGCAUGGCUCAACAUCGUCUUUCCUGAAGACAUUGCCAAGUGCGAGGGCAUUUUUGGCAAAUUGGUUACGGAGAAGAUUCCCGUCCUCUUCGAACUGAAGACGAAGAUGCUAUGGUCACCGCCACCUGAACUCGAGCAGCCCGAGUGCGAAGACUCACAGCACCAUAAGUGGAUCCUGUGCUCUGCAUACCCCGAGCUUGGACCUAACGAUGAGCUCCUCGAAAUUGUGGGUAGCGUCACCGACAUCUCGAAACAGAAGUGGGCCGAAGGCAACCAAAAGAUUCGAACUGAUAGCGCUCUGGAGAGCAAGCAGCACCUCGAGCAUUUCAUCGACACGACAUCGCACGAGAUGCGCAAUCCUCUGUCGGCGAUCAUGCAGUGUGCCGACGGUAUCCUGUCUUCUUACUCCUUCAGCGACGGCAACCCACCGAGUCCCGCGACUUACUUUGAUCUCCUCGAUCAAACGCUAGAUUCGGCACAGACGAUCGCGCAAUGCGCGCAGCACAUGCGGCACAUCGUUGACGACAUUCUUACCAUAUCCAAGCUUGACUCUGGCCUACUCGUCAUAACACCUGUCGAUGCCCAGCCUGAAAGUGUGGCCAAGCAUGUCGUCAAGAUGUUUGAUUCUGAGGCCAAGGCUGCAGGCGUCAAUCUAUCAUUUUUCGUAGACCAAUCUUACCGCGACCUAGGGGUAGACUGGGUCUCACUGGAUCCAACGCGAGUCCUGCAGGUACUCAUCAAUCUUCUGACCAACGCGAUCAAAUUUACACGACUGGAGACUAAGACGCGCAACAUCACAAUCACGCUUGCGGCUAGUGCGGCGGAGCCUGUGUCGACACCUGGUGGUGUUCAGUUCAUUGACACGAAACUUGUCGGAGAGAACCACCACUUGGAGCAGGACUGGAAGCAAGGCAACACAGACUAUAUCCAAUUUUCAAUCAGCGAUACCGGUCGUGGCUUGACUCAAGAACAGACAACAUCGCUCUUUCAACGCUUCUCCCAGGCCUCGCCUAGAACACACGUCCAUUACGGCGGCUCAGGCCUCGGCUUAUUCAUCUCGCGACGAUUGACUGAACUCCAGGGUGGCUCCAUAGGUCUUGCAAGCAAGUACAAAGAGGGAAGUACCUUCAGCUUCUACAUCAAAGCUCGACGCGUGAAGCCUACCAUGCUCCGGAAGAGCAGCCUACCGGACGUCUUCCCUGAAGACAUCAGACACCGCAGCCAGAAGUCGACCCUAACCCUUCCACGUGACUCAUCACCAGUCAUCCCCGAGGUUGCGCGCGAGAACAACCAAUCUCUGCGCCACGAGCAUGCCAGCCCAGACCCAUCCACUCCACCAGCCAUCGUCGAACCAUCUCCGACGACCUCUGUCCGUCGCCCAGCAACCGCCCCCGCCACCUCAACACCCAGCUCCGAAGCCCUGGGGCUCCCGCCCCCCCUCGACUUCGCCGAGCUGAAGCGCACAAAGAGCAUCCCCGAAACGCUGCACGUCCUCAUCGUAGAAGAUAACCUGGUAAAUCAGAAAGUGCUCGCCAAGCAACUGCGCAAUCUAGGCUGCAUCGUCAGCGUCGCAAACCACGGCCGUGAGUCGCUCGACUUCCUCCCCAGAACCACGCGCUGGAACCACGAUGCACACUCGGCGCGCUCGCGCACCCGGAGCCCGAGUACACACGUCGACCCCGAUGCUGCAGCCUUGCUCAGCACCCCCGAUGCCGCCGAUAAGCCUGUCGAGCUCUCGCUCAUCUUGAUGGACUGGGAGAUGCCCAUCAUGAACGGCCUGACGGCUGUCGCGAAGAUCAGGGAGCUGGAGCACGAUGGGCUGUUGGUCGGCAGAGUGCCGGUUAUUGGCGUCACGGCGAAUGUGCGACAGCAGCAGAUUGAGACGGCGAUUCAGGCGGGCAUGGAUGAUGUGGUUGGCAAGCCGUUUAGGGUUGCUGAGUUGCUUGCUAGGAUGAGGGGUAUUGUCAAGGGGAUUGGGGGCGGAUGA